AUGCCUGUGGAGCUAACAAGCCUUAUAAGGUUGGGAACCUUGAAUUUGUCCAAGAAUCAUUUGACAGGAAUUAUUCCAGCAAAGAUUGGGAAAUUGGAGUGGAUAGAGACUCUUGAUCUAUCAAUGAAUCAACUUUCAGGAUCAAUUCCACCGAGCAUGGUGUCUUUAACAUUUUUGAACUAUCUCAACCUGUCAUACAAUCACUUGUCUGGAAAAGUCCCAACAGGUAACCAAUUUAGCACUCUACUUGAUCCAUCAAUUUAUAAAGGCAAUGCUGCUCUUUGUGGGUAUCCUUUGCCAAAUGGUUGCCGAGACAAUGAAGAAACACCUCAGGUUCCAGGUGAAGAAGGACAACAAGGUGAUGAUAGUGGACUCGAAAAGCUAUGGUUGAUCGUCAGCAUUGUGAUAGGUUUCAUUGUGGGGUUCUGGGGAGUUUGUGGGAGUUUGGUGAUUAACAAGUCCUGGAGACAUGCCUAUUUCAACUUCCUUGACAAAGUGAAGUAUGCUCUGAUUGAUUUUGUAUCAGCCAUUGGCAGGCAUCUGCAGAAAAGAUCGAGGGGCACAGAAGACUUUUAA